CCUGCUACUCAGCCCGCCGGUGGGGAGGAAAACACAGUGAAUCUGACGGUUUGGAGCAGAGCUGCCAUUAUAUACAGUGUAGCCCUCCUUGGCUUAACCAUUGCCUGUUUCUGGCCUGGCAUCAUCUGCAGUGCUAUCGGAUACUUCUGGGCUAUUGCGGCUCAUGCAAGCCUGACCCAGGGAGGUCGAGACACAAAAAAGAUUAAGACCAAUUUGGCAUGGUCAUUCACGAUGACAACCACGGCUCUGAUCAGCUUUAUAGUUAUUUUCUUUGUUUUGGUAGCAGUUAUUGCCGCCUCAUGAAUAGAGCAGGCUGGCAGUUGCUUGGUACGAACCAAAAAACAUACGUGCUCGUUUGUAAGGAGUGCUGAUUUCUUUUCCUAUGUACAAUCCUUCCCUACAAUAUUGUCUUC